UCGCCUGUUGCUAACCAGAAGCUUAAGCAACAAGUCUGAUUGAAUAAAGUCUCUCUCUCGCAUUUGUUAAUCAUGUGCUAGAGAGUAGAAGUAACAUGCUUCAAUGGCGGUAAUCAAAUUGAGUUCGAGAAAGCAUCAAAACAAAGUCCCAAAUGGAUGGCAAGAAUGUCCAUGCAUGAACUCCUUCGUUUCAGAUACACCAUCUUCGCUAACCCAACUCUCCUUCUCCCUUCCCCCAAACCCAACCGGUUUUCCUCCCCAUUUUAUUCUACUGCAUCCAAAGCACUAACUUUUCCGCUUUCAACCCUUUCGUUUCUCGAUUCAUGUCCAGAUAUAAAGCAGCUCCUUCAAAUCCAAGCUCACUUGAUCACUUCAGGCCUCUUCCGCAUCCCCUUUUGGGCAGAAAAAGUUUUAAAGCAUUCUUCAAUGUUCAGCAACAUUGAUUAUACUGUUUCCACUUUUCGAUGCAUUGACAAUCCUGGUACUUUUUGUGUUAAUACAGUGAUCAAAUCUUACGCUUUUAGUUCGUUUCCACAUCAAGCUGUGGUUUUUUGUUUUCAUAUGCUGACUAAUGAAUGCUUUGUUCCAAAUAGCUAUACUUUUGUGCCACUUUUAGGCUCUUGUGCAAGAGUAGGUUGUUCUAAAUCUGCCCAAAAGUGUCACGGCCAGGCAAUUAAAUUUGGGGUAAUUAAUAAGUUGCCAGUACAAAACUCUUUGAUUCAUAUGUAUGGUUGUUGUGGGGUUAUUGAGUUUGCUAUGAAAGUGUUGGUUGAAAUGUCUGAAAGGGAUAUUGUCUCAUGGAACUCUCUUAUUGAUGGGUGUGUAAAAGUUUGGGAUUUGGGUCUAGCUCAGAGGCUGUUCGAUAAAAUGCCCAAGAAAAAUGUGAUUUCUUGGAAUAUUAUGAUUAAUGGGUAUUUAAAGGGUGGGAAUCCGGGGUGUGCAUUGAAGUUGUUCAGAGAAAUGGUGAAAACGGGAGUGGUUGGGAAUGAGAAAUCUAAUAUAAUAAUUGAUACAGCUUUGGUCAAUUUGUAUUCGAACUGCAAGAAAGUAGGAUUAGCUCGUAGGAUAUUUGAUAAGAUCGAAAAUAGGAAUCUUGUUUGCUGGAAUGCAAUGAUUUUGGGGCACUGCAUUCAUGGGAACCAAGAAGAAGGGUUAAAAUUAUUCAUGGAUAUGGUUGAUAAAAACAGGGUUAGAGGAGGAGGGGGCAUUUGUCCUGAUGAAAUUACUUUUAUUGGUGUUCUGUGUGCUUGUGCUCGUGCAGGAUUGUUAGCAGAAGGCAGAAAUUAUUUCAGCCAAAUGAUAAAUAAAUUUGGUAUAAAGCCGAACUUUGCUCAUUUUUGGUGCAUGGCUAAUCUUUUUGUUGGUGUGGAGCUUGUUCAGGAGUCAGAGGAGAUCCUGAGGCAAAUGCCAGAGGUUGAUGGGGAUGUAUCGUCUGAUUCUCUGCUUUGGGCUAACUUGCUCAGCUCUUGUCGUUUUAAGGAAGGUGUGAUUGUUGGAGAGAAAAUUGCAACAUCUUUGAUUGCAAAGGAGCCUGAAAACUUCUCAUAUUAUCAGUUACUGUUGAAUGUCUAUGGUGUGGCAGGGCAGUGGGAGGAUGUUGGCAGAGUAAGACAGAUGAUGAAGGAAAGGAGGAUAGAAAGAGUUCCUCGGUGUAAUCUUGUAGAUUUAAAAGAAAUCGUUCACAAUUUAAAAGUUGGAGAACAAGAGCGGGAGAGAGAGUGUGGAGCAAAGGGAUGCUAAGCUUGAUGAACUGGCUCAGAGAUCAAGCUGGUUUACUACUGGUUCAAAAACGUCCAGUUCAAUGUUUUGCCAAGGAUUUAUUAAUUUAUUAAAUUUUUUUUUUUUGUUACAAUAGAUUUACUUGAAACAAUUGAUCGCCAUUGGUAAGGCUCUAAUCCAUCGAAUACAAUUUGCAUUUCUCUGAAUUUCUAAGUAUUUACAAAGUUCAACAGCCUCUCUUCCAGACUGUUGGAAAAAGAAAUAGAGGGAAACAAGAAAAGUAAGAAGGGAAAAAGAAAAAACAAAAGAAGGAAACUUAUAAUCCCCUACUUGUAUUUAACAUAUCAGGUUAAGAUGGGUAACGAAGAAGAUUUGAAAAGGUGAAAUUUAUAACUUAAAAACCAAUUUUCUUUGAUGUACCACUAACCGGCAAAUUUCUAGUUACGAAUUAAACAACUAAUCUAAUCGACUAUAAUAAUUUCAUUUUUUAUCGACCUAUGUAAGGAGUGAGUUUCCAAAAUGAAAUGAAAAAAAUACAAAUGUAUCUAUUUUUUCCUAUUUCUUUGUUUCAAACGAGAAAAUGGAGGUAUUUCUUCACCUUAUUUUCUUUUAUACAGAGCACUUU